CUGCUAUAACAAACUCUUAUGAGAAGGCUUUCCACUUUGGACAGGGGACUCAUUCAGCUAUAAGAGUACAAGAGACUGGCCACUGAUGUUGGGUGAGGAGGUCUGGGGUGCCAUCAGUGUUGCAGUUCAUACCAAAGGUGUUCAGUGGGGAUGAGGUCAGGGCUCUGUGCAGGACACUCGAUUUCUUCCACUCCAGCCUUGGCGAACCAUGUCUUCACGGAGUUCAUUUUGCACACAGGGGCAUUGUGAUGCUGGAACAGGAAAAGACUUUCACAAUGCCGCCCCCUGCUGGAGCUCAUGCUGUGCCCCCUCCGGAUGGAGGCUGGGGCUGGGUCGUGGUUUGUGGAGCCUUCAUCUCCAUCGGCUUCUCCUACGCUUUCCCCAAAGCCACGACUGUUUUCUUCAAGGACAUUCAGAAAAUUUUUGACGCAUCAUAUAGUGAAGUUGCCUGGAUCUCCUCCAUCAUGCUGGCCGUCAUGUAUGCCGGAGGCCCUAUAAGCAGUAUCCUUGUAAACACAUAUGGCAGUCGGCCAGUAAUGAUAGUGGGUGGAUUCCUGUGUUCCAUCGGCAUGAUCGCUGCCUCAUUUUGUAACAGUGUCAUUCAGCUGUACAUCUGCAUCGGACUGAUUGGAGGUUUUGGUCUUGCCUUCAACCUCCAGCCAGCUUUGACGAUGAUCGGGAAGUACUUUUACAAAAAGCGUCCCAUAGCUAAUGGCUUGGCCAUGGCAGGUAGCCCUGUCUUUUUAAGCACCCUAGCUCCCUUAAACCAGUACCUCAUCAACGCUUAUGGCUGGAGAGGCAGCUUCUUUAUUCUCGGAGGGCUUCUGCUCAACUGCUGCGUGGCCGGAUCCCUUAUGAGGCCACUUCCCCAGCCUUUGACAAAGAAUGAUGCCAAAAAUGAUGAAGAGGUUCCAGCUGCUAAGACGGUGAAGCCUACAGUGUGGCAGACUGUCAACAAAUAUCUUGACUUGUCACUCUUCAAGCACCGGGGCUUCCUCAUCUACCUGUCAGGAAAUUGCAUUAUGUUUGUAGGCUUCUUCGCCCCCAUUGUGUUCCUUUCUCCAUAUGCCAGGGACAGUGGUGUAGAUGAGUACUCAGCAGCCUUCCUACUCUCCAUCUUGGCUUUUGUGGACAUGUUUGCUCGACCAUCUAUGGGAAUGGUGGCCAACACACGUUGGGUGCGGCCAAAGAUCCAGUACUUCUUUAGCUUUGCUGUCUUCUAUAAUGGCGUAUGCCACAUACUGUGCCCACUGGUUCAGACCUACACUGGCAUGGUGGUGUACUCUGUGUUCUUUGGGUUUGCCUUCGGCAUGGUGAGCGCUGUGCUCUUUGAGACACUCAUGGACCUGGUAGGACCUCAGAGGUUCUCAAGCGCUGUGGGCCUCACCACCAUUGUUGAGUGCUGCCCUGUGCUUAUUGGACCACCUCUGGCAGGGAAACUAGUGGAUAUUACUAAAAACUACAAGUCCAUGUACAUAUGCUGUGGCUCUGUGGUCAUAUUUGCCAGCAUCUGGCUCUUCAUCGGCAACGUCAUCAACUACCGUCUGCUGGAGAAAGAACGCAAGCUGGAGACGUACAAGCAAGCAGAACUUGAAGAGCCUGACAAGGGACCCAAUAGUACAGAAAAUGGACAGGCAUCUGAGGAACUCUGUGGGAAAGUGGAAGAUGCUGUGCAGAGAGAAACAAACAUUUAAACUUCCUCCAAAUAUGAUCUGGGCUACACCCCAGGCAUAUGUCCACAGCAGAAGCAGAGAUUGUCAUGCUGGGGUGAAGCAACUUGCAACUGCCAGAGCAAAACACGAUUGCUGUGAGGGGACCAGUAGAAUAGUGUUUGAAUAAAGAAAUUUGGAUGGAAGUCAAUAAAUAUGAACGGUGGAGCGUAUGAGAGUUGAAUGGUUUAGAAAGUUGUGUUUAGUCAGUCAGAAAGAGAGCUCUCCUGAGCUAUACCGCAGAUACCACAUAUACAGGUUACCACAAUAAUAAACACUCAGUUUUAAAGCCAUUAUAUUAACAUUUCAGCUCAGGAACUGAUCAGAUUCUUUCCACCCAUGCAGAAUUUUUUAAGAAAACCCAAAUAACUCUGCCAAAUUGAGACUUUUGUGCACUGUGUUUAUUUAUUUGCUCAAAAGUCUGACAAGCGGUAACCAGCGACACGCUUGUGAGCUGCAUGCCCACAUCUGCUGCACUAUACUCUAUAAUCUAUGUAGUCAACAUAACAUGACUGAAUGUAAAUCAUUAUGCAUGUGUUAUUAACAAGGGCCUUAUAACACUUCUGACCAAAAUGCUGGUUAAAAAAAAAAAAAAAGAAAAAAAAAAGAUCACAUAUAGAAAAUAUCCAUGUUACAGUAUAUAACCUUUCGUUUUCUGCUGCAGUAUAUACAGGGAAAUUCAUUAGGUAUUACGUAUUUUAUGGGGAGUGCUAUUUUUUAAGUAAAUGUGCUGAAGUAUUUACUUACUAGGUAUUGCCUUAAAUGUAAAUAAUGCAACUAAUAUCCUAAACCAGUAUAUAGAGAGCUUCCUAUAUGAUGUGUAUAUAAGUGACUAUUUAUUAUUGUGACAUUACUAAUCAACUUGAUCAUUAACAAAUGUAUAAUGUUUAUUUACAUUUCAGUAUAUCUGACAUUAUUUAACAUGUUGUCUGUCUAAUGAAGCUAUUAUUAAUCAAUUAGGGCAUUGCAGCAAGAUUUAGUGUACUUGAAUAAUAUUCACGAUCAACUUCAGGGAUUGGUUUAAAAGGCGGACAUAAGUGCUGGUGUCUUUUUUGACUAGUGUGUCUUUUUAAUCCCACACAAGCCAUAACAAUGUAUCAUGUAUAACAUUUUCUAUGGAUCAAAGUCACACAUAGUGUAUGCAUUGUUUAAAAUCAUCUCUUUCAGAAAAUGUCCAAUAUUGGCU